CUGUGGAUUACAGUAAUCCAGACCCUUUUAAUAUCAGUGCUGUCCACCAUUUGAAAAAUAAGCUAUCAUGGAGUACAGACUGCAGCACAUGCUACUGUUGGCCAUCCUGCUGGUGACUCAAGGUUUUGUUGGGCUGAAAGCUCAAGAGGACGGUGAGGACAAUGACACAUGGGCUGGGAAAACCUGCAAGUGUGAAUGUGAUGAUCUGUCGAGCAAGCUGCCUUCCAAAGGUUUCCGAUCAAACUGGGCACAGGAGACGGACUGCAUUCCAGAGUGCCCUUACCAUAAACCUCUGGGGUUCGAGGCUGGAUCUGUGACUGAAGAUCAGAUCAGCUGCUCUAAUGAAGACCAGUACACAGGCUGGUUCUCCUCGUGGACUGCAAACAAGGCGAGGCUCAACAGCCAAGGAUUCGGGUGUGCUUGGCUGUCUAAGUUCCAGGACACCAACCAGUGGCUUCAAAUUGACCUUAAGGAAGUCAAAGUGGUUUCUGGUAUCCUGAUUCAGGGCCGUUGUGACUCUGAUGAGUGGAUUACAAAGUACAGUGUGCAGUACCGCACCAAUGAGAAUCUCAGUUGGAUCUACUACAAGGACCAGACUGGAAACAACAGGGUCUUCUACGGAAACUCUGACCGCUCGUCCACAGUCCAGAACCUCCUGCGCCCACCUAUAAUAGCACGUUACAUCCGUAUCAUCCCGUUGGGCUGGCACACCCGCAUAGCCAUCCGCAUGGAGCUGCUACUUUGCAUGAAUAAAUGCACUUGAUCUGGUGCACGCCACCUGACUAUAUCCUGUACCACCCCUUUCUUGUCCCACAACAUGCCAGAGUGAACAUCAAUGCCCAAUCACUGCACACACUCUAAUUAAAAAUAACUUUUUAUUAUUAUCAUGAAGUAUCUGAUAUUUGUCCAAGAAAUGAUAUUAAUUUCAUGUGUUUAUGAGUUACAUUCAUUAUGUGUUUGAGUUGCUUUCCUUUUCUGUAAAUAUAAAGACAUGUUUUUGCGUCUUUUUGUAUUCAGUUUAAGAACGAAAAAUAUUAAAGUUUUCUGCUUUGACAAAUCAUAUGUAGAAGGGGGGCGUCCAUUGCAAGGCCAAAAGUGGCCACUCUCGAGAUGCAAAAGUAGCUUACAGAUCUGAGGAGAAAUGGGAGAUCUCGUGGAAGUGUUAAAUGUUGUGUCGUGUUGUGUUUUCUCAUGUGGUUUGUAAGAAUGACGUGGAGUGUCCUUUUUGUAUUAACUUUAACUUGUGUUUGUAGCUCACUCAAGAAAUGCCCUUGAA